AAGUUACUAGUCACAUCAGGGUCACAAGGGUCACGCUAUUUCGCGAGUUGAGUUACGCGCGCCCAGAGCCAGAGCAGAAGACUUCCGAAAACAAGUGAGGGUUUGUUAUGUUCCCGGCGGCCAUUUUCCUUCUUUCCGUUCAUUUCUUCGAUACCAACCACAACACCUAACAAAUUCAAGUUGAUUAGUUUUUUGUUUCUCUGCAUGUUGCGCUCAAUUACUGUGACAAAGGCGUAUAUAACAAAUAAUCUGGUUAUUUUAAAUACCCCGGAGAAAAUUUCCUUGCAUUCUCUAAUUUCAUAACGAAUACCUGUAUAUUUUUCUUAUGUUGGACAAACAAUCAGUAAUGUUUACGUGCCAUCAUAAAAAGCACUUUCGAGAGAUUGUUUUUGCGUCUUCGCACGAAUUGUUUGAAUUUUAAGACUAUUUUCUGCCGAGAGCAAGAUUUUUCUCAAAAUCAGGCUUUUUAUGUGGACACAAAUGCAUUAUCAGUGAAGAAUAGUCCUUCUAGAUUUGGACAUUAUUCAGUUCUAACCUUCCUUGUGGAAAGGUUAGGGUUAAGUUCUUUUCUGCUUGUGUGUAAACUGAAGAGAAAUCUCAUCGCAGGCAGUUUUAUCACUGGUGCUUUGUAUUGAAGAAAGCUUUGGAGAUUUUUACUGCUAAAUAUGAUACUUGAGUGAAGUUUUAGUGGUGUUCUGAACAAAUCCGUGUGGUGCAAUGGCUUCAGUCAGCCCGGAAUCAAACUGGGUGGAAUUUUGUGAUAAACAUGCCAAGUCCGCCGCUGCUGACUUUGCCAAUGCAUUCAGCUCCUACAACAGCAGCCACAUGUCUGACACUGCGCGCCACCAUGUAUCCCACAAGGAGUUCCUCCGCAAAUUUAUUGACUGCUUCCAAGAGCAUUUUGAGGCGGAGUGUGGUUCUCAGAAUGCGGCUGCUGGCAAGAGUCUAGCCAAUGGAACCCUAGGACAUGAUGAUAUGUCGGACUAUUCUGAACAUGACGCAGAGUCACCGUCCCCAAAACCUCAACCAAAGCCUUUCUUCCGCCGGUUGUCAUUUAAAGGUCUUAAGAAGGGCAAGGCCUUCUUCCAGAAACAGAAUUCAGAUGAGGUUGAACUUUCACACUCCCAUAGUGAUAAAAAAGACAAACAUUCCAAGACCAAACUUGCCAAAAUUGUUGUUGAGUGCCGGAAAGAAGGCAUCGUCAAUUAUCUUAGUGGUGAAAAUCUUGAUGGAACUGGGAAAUGGGACAGAUGCCGUCUUGCCCUCGUCAAAACAGUCAGUGGUUACAUGCUUGAGUUCUACUCACCUCCAAAGGCCCCCAAACCAAGAAGUGGGGUAUUUUGUUUUCUUAUACUAGAGGCAAGAGAGACAACAGCUCUUGAAAUGCCUGAUAAGGAAAACACUUUUGUCUUGAAGGCUGAGAAUCAGCAAGAGUAUGUGAUUGAGGCCCAUGAUACUGAUGAUAUGAAGUCAUGGCUAGCCACCAUCAAAUACUGCAUGAGAUCAACCACACAACCUGUACCGGAGCAUCCGGAAGCCAACUCUCGCCAAGGAGGCCCAAGUAACAGAGCAACUGCACCAUCACUUGAUGGUGACAAUCUAGAGCAUCCUCCAGAACUACCCCCUAGAGUUGUUGCAGCUAGUGGAGGUCGAUCUACUGCAGAAACCACUGCAGGAUUGAGAUUAUCUAGUAAUAGUAAUUUUGACAUCUGUUCCUCACGCACUGAUAUUGAGACAACAGGUGAAACGGAGGCCGAUUUAUCUUGGAUACUUAGGGAUUACCCUUGGUUCCAUGGAACUUUGCCUCGCUCUGAAGCAGCACAUUUAGUCUUACAUGAAGGCUCCACUGGUCAUGGGGUUUUCCUAGUUCGCCAAAGUGAAACUCGUAAGGGAGAAUUUGUCCUAACUUUCAAUUUUCAAGGAAGAGCAAAGCAUUUGAGAAUGACACUUAAUGAUCAAGGUCAGUGCAGAGUUCAGCACCUUUGGUUCCCUGCAAUAUUUGAGAUGCUAGAACACUUCCGGGAGCAUCCUAUACCUUUGGAAUCCGGUGGAACAGCCGAUGUUACAUUAACGGACUAUAUUGUGUCUGCAACUGGGCACACAGCACCAAACGUUUCUUCAAGUGCAAGAGGACAAACAUCAUCUACUCCUGCAUCUACACCAACAUUAGUGCCCUCUUCUCUUAACACCACUCCAGUGGAUUCAAGGCCACGCACUGUGGCAAUGUCAGAGGGAAGGGAGGUGUGACGCAUUGGCAGUUGGGUUGCUAACAGCACAUUGACUCAACUUUUUGCUUUGUGAGUAAAAUGCACUGCGCUAUUAUUUGUACACUUCUUGUCCAAACUGAGUUCAAAAUUAAUCCAUAAACAAUGAUAUUUUAAGUGGCAAAUGGUUUGCUGGAUUCGACCCCAAGCAUUUUAUUUUUUAAUAGAAAGUUAGGUGUGUGGAAUAUCUAACUCUUUUUCUUUUGUAGAGUGAAGCAUGAAACUUUCUACAAUUUGUAUCUUUGGUAUUAUUUCUCUUUCUGGAUAGCUUCAUUAAUAUGUGAAACAGUGAUGUGCAAACUCUGUUACCUUUCUACCAUGAAACUGUGUUUUGUCUUGUACUGAUUCUGCUCCUGUAAUGUUUGAACAGGUGGUGGUGCUAGGGGGCUCCAUUCGCACACGUACUGAAUCAUUAGAGCAAAUUCCUAGUCGUCAAAACCAGGGCACAGGGCGAGCUGUGGAAAACACCUACAGUUUUGUGUAAGGUUGUUACUUGUGAAAUCUCAGCGAUCUACAAUUCUGAGAUUUUAUCUUUUAUUUAAACCUUACCUUGCUGUGCCUUCGCAACUUGUUCAGCCUAGUCGUUAAAGAUGUUCCUUUUUGAAUGUGAGAGUAGAUAGAUCUUCAAUCCUCUUGUGAGUGGCGUAGUUUGCUUUCAAUGUUCCUGAUUUGUUUGUGAACUAUUCAAUUUGAGGCUUUUAGUAGAAAAGAACAUUGAAUAUCCAAAAAAAGGAAUAGUUUGAAAACACGAACAUUGUUUUAAAGCUUUUUAAAUGUGUGUGUGUAGAUGCUUCUAUGUGGUAAUGAAAAUAGCAUACCUCCUGGAUGGAUGAACUGUAGUUCAUAAUUACAUGUGGGCAUGUAUCUCCAAUCAAGGAUCCUCUUCCAGUCUACUGCUAAUGAUGCAGCACCUUCUCAUUGUGUUCCAAAAGUGUUUGUUUUGCUGUCUUCUGCUCUAAUAAUGACAUCCUGUUAUAGUCAAAUAGUCAUUAUUUCAGUGGUAGUCACUGGGUGAAUUUAAAAAAAAGGGAAAAAAAAAGAAUGUUAUGGAUGGCUUGGAUAUUGCAUUUGAACACAUUCCUAUAUAUUUUGUACUCUAGUUACAAAUUUGUUUCAGUUUAAUCUUCCUCCUGUUUUUCUGUCUUGUGUGGCUGAAAAUUUCAUGUCAACUGUUCCACUACAUACCUUUCCCAAGUACUGUAGCUCCUUAAUAGUAUUUGUGGUCUAUUAUUCAUGAACUUGUUUUGACUACCUGGAAUGUUUGUAUCAUUGUUACACAACCCACAUUAUGGCUUGUGCUUUUCUUUAUCAUUUAGGAAACUUAAUAUGUACAUCUAAUCUGCUCCGAAGUUAGGGACCAUGUGCGGUGAAGACUUCUUCACACAAGGCCUAACUGUGUGUCUUGUGCCUAUUUGAUGAUUUUGUUUUUGUAUGUAAGCUUUAGCUUGUGUAAUAUUUUAGUAGCAAAACCAUGUUUUCAACAUACUCUUUUGAGUAAAAUUUUAUCUGAUCAAUAAGUUCCUCUGUUUCACUAAUAAAAUAUCUAGUGUUUUUCCAUAGCUGAACAGAUUUUAUGUUUUAUAUGAACUUUUUCCAUUUCUUCUGUGUCCAUUAAUAUUAUAUUGUAGAGAAAUUUGUAUCGCUCAUAACGUGUGAAACUUUCUUUAUAUUUUACAUUUUUAAGUUCUCAAUGCUUCGAUUUUCCUAAUUUGAUGCUUAUCUUUAAUAUGUUUAUUAAAGUAGCUUUUUGACAAGCAACUUCUCCAGUGCAAUUGAUCAUUACAUGUGCCAUAACUUCUCUUGUGGGAAAUUACUGAGUAACUAGAAUUUUUAUCCUAAUGCCCUUUUGUAUUUGCAAUGUCAUGAACACAAACAAGGGAUCUAGUUCAUUGCUGAGUAAAAGUAGAACAGUUUGAAUGAAGGUUAUCUGUAUCGUCCAUUUUCUUUGGUCUUGUUUUACGUAUACUGUUCUGUUACCUAUUGAUUUUAUUCUUGUAAUGUUUUCUUCAAGGCAAUUAAGUAUAGACCACAGAACAACUAAAUGUACUAAAAGAAAUUUGCAAAGCUACUGCAUUUUCUUGCAAUUUUUCUUUUUACCUUAUCCUUGUCUGAAUGUGUUCGAGGGGCUUUAUAAUGAUGGGUUUGUAAUGAGCCAAUGGAAGUAAUGGCUCAAAAGUAAAAUCCAUUGUUGGGAUGAAGUGUAUUACUAUUGAAUAAGUUACUUUUAUUCAACUCAGGAAAAGUGUUAGUAAGUGAUAUGUUGUUGAUGUUUGUCAUUGUUAUUGUUGUUGUUAUUCUGUAUCAUGUUAUGUUGUUACUAAUGAUCAAGUGUUCAAAUCUCUUUAUGGACCGUGCAAUGGACUUUUUAGCUUCCUAGAUAGACUCCGUGCUCAAGCUCAACUAAUUUUCUUAGAUUUUCUAGCAGAUGUCAUUUCGAUCAAAUUUUGCCAAUCGCCUUUGCACAGAUUGCUGUUAGUCUGUGACUUAGUUUCAGUGAUGGCAUUUACACAAUUCACAAAACACAUCAAGUGCGGUGUGACCCUCAUCAUACUAUGGUCACACAUGAAUUGAUUUGCUACCCUUUGCCAUCUGACAUGCUAACAUACUAACAUAUCAAUUCGUUGGUACUUUUUUUCUUGUCUGAGUUUUUUUUUUAAGAAGAGGGAAAAAAGAUUUUUUUAAUCUGUAACUCAGUACACAGCCUAUCCUUUCACUUUUUAAAAUAAAACAACAACAUGGUGUUGUUAGUUUUAUGAAUUUAGUUCAAUUUAUGUGUCUGUGCUUUUGUCUUUGGAAGGCUUCUGUUGUUACUGGGCUCAUAAUUUAGACUUCACGUUUCUCCAAAUUGCUGAUAAGGGGGACAUUGGGUUGUAAAUUAGGUGUUAAGUUCAGUGAAGGCUGAUGAUGAACCAUGAAUAAGGCUGAGAUGUCUUCACAGAUCACUGCUGAAGAAAUAGUGAUGAGAAAUUGAAUAACUUUUACAUUUAUAUUGAACACAGAUGUAGCCCAUUAAAGUGUAGAUUUUUCAUCCCUUUCAUUAUCCUUCUUAGAAAGGUCAGCACAGCAUUGAACUCUGUGUAAUAUUUUAUUGAACUUUUAAUUGUGCCUGUAUUGUAUGUGUGUCCACAGUAUAGGGGCUGUCUUAACCCCUGUUAGUCGGAUGUAGCUGAAAAGCCCAAUAGUAUCCCUGCUUUGUUUUUGUUUGUUCAAUGUUCAACUUUUCAGGAGAAUAAUUGAAUUGUCUAUUCUUAUGAGGCAUAUUCUAAUAAAGUGGAGGAAUAGCAUUCACUCACUAGGCUUAAGGAAAAAAUGGCAAUGCUUUAGAAGCUAGUAAGUGUAAGUUUUAUUGUAUGCCUUUUAGUUACUUGAGUACCUUAACACCAGUGCAUGAAAUUUUGCAGGCUUGCGGACUGUGUGCAUUGCCAAAUUAUGUGAUUUUAAAUCAGUUUUUUUCUGUAUAUCCCUGUUACAAAGUAUUUAUUGUAAUUAUUUUUCUAGAAAAUCAAGACCCAACUAUUGGUGGUGUAAUUUUUUUUUUUUUGAAUGCGUUUGUAAAUUUGUUGUAAAGUAUUGACAUUCUAGUCCAAGAUCAGUGGUAGCUGUGUGUGGUGCGAAAUGUGUAUUCUAGAACAUCUUAUUUGUGCACAAUCUUAAAAGUAAUAAGCAAGAAGGUUUUUAUUUUGUAAAUCUGCAGUCAUGUAAUAGCAUUUUACUGUUAUUAGCAGGAAUUUGUUGUGACAUGUUCCUUCAAUCGCUUGUGCUCUUAUUAAAAUACUCCAUUUUAUGCUCUCUCACAAAACCAAAAAUCCAUUUCAAAAUCUUGGUCUGUUUCUUUAAAUUGUAAUAGAAUUUUCAUUUUUUAAAGUUUUUAGAAAUUGUACUCAUAGAAACUGACUACUUACUCUUCUGUCUAAACUCAAAGUGCACAUUUCUGAGCACUUUGUAGGAGUUCUUGUUCAGAAUACUUUUCACAUUGACGUUCAAGGAUAUCUACUCCACAUAAAGAGCUAUAAAACAGUCCUUGUAGACUUUUCUAAACUACCAAUGGCUUAAAACAACUAUAUUUCAAAAUAUUUUAAUGGAAAAUUAUGUGUGUCAGAUGUAAUUUAUGGUACAGCAAGUGCAUUACCAUCUUUUGGUAAAAGUUGCUUAUUGUCUGAUUGUUUUCUUUUGUUUCUUUUUGGUGUAAUGUGUACAUAUUGUACUCAAAGAAAAUAAAGUCUAACUUAGUGAACAUAUACCCAA